UCUAUAGCAAUCGAGUGCACAAACCACACAGUUUUAAACGAGGCAAGCAGAUCUAGGUUUUUUACCAACUACAUCGAUAAGGCCAGCGAUACCUCAUUAACGGGCUGGUUUACAUACAAUGGCUCAGCCGGUACGCGCAUGGCAACAACUUGCGUUCCCGCUGAACACUGCGGUACGUUAGUUCCCGGAUGGCUGGCGGGUAACCAUCCAAGUGUAGACGAAGGUUUAGUAGUACGAUCAGUAUGUCUCUCCAUGUCGCAAGUUUGUUGCAUGACAUCUGUGAGUGUACUUGUGAGGAACUGCAGCGGUUUCUUUGUCUACAAACUAGACGUGAAUGCAGGUUUAAGCUUUACUUUUCGAGUGUGUGGAGCUGGUAUUGAAGGUAAUGUAAUAUUCUCCGAACUCCUUUCAUCGAUCGCAUUUGUAGACGAAAACCCUCAGAGAUUACAAUGUAAAUGCCUCCUCCAUCGUCUGCCAUCCACUUUCAAAUCAUAACCACGAUAUUAAAGACACUUUGUUUUUGCCUUUUUAUUAAAAUAAAAGUUAUUGGGAGUUGUUUGAGAUGUAAAAUGAAUUCUUUAUCGAGAGAAGGGGGAGGUUUCAUCCAUUUUGCGUCCCUCAGGGGAGGGAUGGGUGUUAGUUAAUUUGAUAUCCCACGUUUUAACCCAAAGACUUGCUGAUACUGACUUUAAUUCAUAAAAUCUGGACAAAUUUUCUCAGAGAGACUUUCUUUAUUUCAGGAUCAUUGCCGCCUAAGCAGGUAGCAAUCAAGAAUAAGUUAGGUAAUAUAAGAAAGGCAGUUUAAAGCCUUUAAAAUGAUAAUGAAUUGAUUGAUUGUUUAAUUGUGAGUGAAAGUUCAACUUGAACACAGACACUGGUAUUCUAUUUUCACAACUGCAGCCUUUUCCACGCCUCCUCUUCAACAAAAUUUUGUCAGAAAGAUUGGAAACGUUCUCAAAUUUUAUGCCAUCGUUACAAACUUUAAUGCUUUCAUGGAUGUCAAGAUGAGCAUGUGAUAUGGAAAAAGAGUUACCCUUUUUAAAGAGUUAUCCACGUUAACUUUAUGACGUUAUUUCAGUUCUAAUCUCAUUUGCGAUAAUUGUUUACUUCGUUAAACCAAGCAACACGAAGUUAAGUCUUUAAACAGAAACGUGUUAGCGAAAAUUGUGCCGAAACUUUUCAAGUUUGUUCAUUGUAAUUAAAAGAAUGAUCGUCUCUACGUUUCAAAUGAACAAAAGAAUUUCAUAUCGUCGAUUUCUAUUGUUUGUUUCGAUAACUGUUUGUAUGUCUGUUUGUUUAUUUAAUUGUUAGUAGGCGAUGAAUGCACUGACUACAACACACUCAACGCACGUGAUAGAGCCGCAGACUAUUUCAGUUACAACACUUUGAAGUGUGACGCCUACCUACCCAGUGGCUGGUACAGGCUGGCUGGCCGGGCAGGGGCUGUUAUGCCGACACAUUGCGUGCCCAGAAUGCAUUGUGGUACUCUGUCACCUGGUUGGUUGAAUGGCAAACACCCAACUGUGGAGGAGGGCGUGGUGCAGCGUAUGGUUUGCUUUACAAACGAUACCAAUUGUUGUCACUGGUAUAGUUUGGUGUUAGUGAAAAACUGCAGUGGUUUUAUGGUGUACAAAUUUGGACACUUUCCUACAAGUGUAGACUCCUGCAGCCUGCGAUACUGUGGAGCAGGAGAAGCUGGUAAGUGACACAGAAACCAGUUAUGAACUGAUCAUUAUUUAUCGGCGGGGGGGGGGGGGGGGGUGAAGAAGAAGGAUGAAUUUGGUUGUGAUCCCCCCUAAGGCUCUAUGAUAUUGUUAUGGUCCCCCUUUCAUCGUCAGUUGAUUGGCGAGCAAUUAUCUUUAGUCCUCCCCCCCUUUAUAAUAUAUGGGGGUCGACUAAUGCCCCUUUAAUUCCCCCCCUCCCAAAUCCUCCUUACCUCGUCCUCCCAGGUGAUAGAUCAUGGAUUUUUCCUUUAAAAGAAACAACCGAAUAGAUAAAACUGCGGAAACCAGACUCCGCAUGACUGAAUACUUCCAUUACAUAUUUCGUUGUUAGAAGACUUUGAUCCCAGUAAAAUGAGGUACUUAGUUUUGAAGCCAUUCGUAGCUACAAAUGGCAUAACCGUGGAUAGUACGCAAAGAAAGGUGACCCGUGACUGCCUGCAUCGAGAAUUUAUGCGUGGUAACCACUUGGUCGCCUAUUAUUCUGAAUUUCUGGUAGGUUGCAGAGACAAAGAAGGAAACAGCUAUGACGUAUGGCAGAGUUGGAACCCAAAUCCUUUGUUCAAAUGUACAUGUGCACCCAAUCUUAAAGUCGAGUGCCAAAAAACUGAAAGUGGCUGCUGGGAUUCCCAUGGCAACGCUUUUGUAGAUGGACAUGAGUGGCUUAGCGACAACAUGACUAAGUGUACCUGUAGCUAUGGAAAGAUAACCUGUACCAAGCUCUCUCGGCCAGCCUGCACCGAUGAGAAAGGCAUGGUGCGGGAUCAUGGUACCCACUGGUUUUCUGGAGUCUGUUUCAAUUGCUCAUGCGUGGAUGGUUUGAUCAGUUGUGCGAAGUAUCGCGUGACUAUCAAGUAUGGGUUAUUCCAAGUUGAGACAAUUGGAAGAUGUAUACCAUGUCAUCAGCCAAGUAACGAUAUUUUACCAACAGGGGAUGGGACAGUCGCUGCUUGCCAGGGUGGGUUUCAAUAAUAAAUGAAGUGUCGUUGUUAAAUCACUGCAAUGAUGAAAUGUGAUUGUUUGUUAUUUAUCAUGUAGUUACUCUCGAUCUGAAUCACAGGUUUAUAAACCCCCUUCCUAACAUGAAACAAAAUUGUCCCCACCUUAAUCAGUUGAAGGAUGUGGAGCGAAAUCGCAGAGAUGGUAAGAGGCGAAAUUGUAAUGGUGAGAAAUCAUCAGUUACCGAAUCAAAUAUCCAAAAUGACUGCUUUCUGGCCAAGUUGAGCCAAUUUUUUUUUACACUUACCUCCCCUACCAGUAGAGAGAGCGACUCGUUUUGAUCAACCAACGAAUGACAUUACACAGCGCAAUUAUCCAUGUUAAAAGCUUCUUCUCUUUCCAGUGUUCUUUCAGCUCAAGGCUUUAAAUGAGGUAUUUGGUUGUUCCAGUGGCCACUUCGUAAGGAAAGAACACGUGUGUAAUGGAGUCGCGGAGUGUCCGGACGCUUCUGAUGAGGCGCAGUGUCAGAAUGGUGAGUUAAUAAAUCCGACUUUUUAAAGUAACUGAGCUUUCACUAAUCUUAGCAACACCCUAUACCACUCCUCCUUUCCUCCCCAUUUCCCCCUUUCCUCUCCCCCCCCCUCCCCAUCGCUCAUACGAAAAAGGAAGGAAAAAAAAUCAUCGGAGACAAACUUAAUUAAAAAUAAAUACUGAUGAUUUCUUGUUGUUGUUUUAGUUAUUUGUCGUGAUGAGGAAGGGCAGAUUCUAAUUCUAAAAGAUGUUUGGAAGGUAAAUUUUUAUACUUAUGGCAAACCUUGUAAAAAUUCAACCCUUAGAAUAACUAAAGCAGUACACUAAUUUAUCAUUCGGAAAGCUUAGCUUUUCUUUUUGUAAUGUCAGCUCGAAUAACAUUUGAAGAGUUCAUUGUUAAUAUCAUUCCAGGUGUCCGACUGUCUCAGCUGCGAGUGUACAGGGGGUCGUCUGAAAUGCAAGAGGACACUUCAAGUCAACUUCCCAGGCAAACACUUGGCAUACGUACCUUUUAAUGAGUCCUGUGAACAACCAGGGUGUAACGCUGUGGAGUUUAUUAAAGCCAGGAGAGAAACUUGUGAAGGUACACGUCAGGUUAAAGAUUUAGACUCAAUUUAUGCCGAGAGCUACCUUAAAGAUCACUUUAACCAAAUUAGCAUACAUCAUCAGGAUUCGCCCAUUAGAUCCAUACUUAUCAAAACAAGCUACUAAAUGUUGACCCGGGCGGAAAUUGAAAUCACCGCAAAAACCAUUUUCAUGGCUUUAUUUUUACUCGAUGAAACUGGUAAAAACCGGCUAGGCUCAAUUCUGGAUAGCACCUGUUGGUUCGGCUACUCUCUCAAAAUAAAUAACACAGAGCGAUUAAAACUACCGUAUUCUACCACUCUUUAUAAUUUAGCUCAACUCCGUUACCUCUGACAUUGUUAUUUUUUCAUAUCCGUAUAAUAAAUAUUUCUUUACUCAGUAAUUGAAACCGUCGAAGGUGGCCACAUUUUGUCACGAGGAGACAACUGGGACUACAAAGGGUGUCAAUUCCUCUUUGAAGGACACAAGCAGACCACAGGGUGCCCACAAAUGUCUCUAUCAACCUGUUUUAUCUACAAUGGAGCAGUCUGUUGUGCUGAGAAAUGCCCAGGUAAAAUAUUAUAGAUAUUGAAAUAAUAUGGAUGGCCAAUUGUGACCAUCCCUUCCCUAAUCCAAAUGAAUUAACAGCAAUGUUAUCAUCUUUUUGAAACGAUUAUUUGUCAGUUUUCGAAAAACGAAUUCCAAAGUUAUGACAACAGCUAAUUGGAAUCAAGGUGAACAUCAACAUUAGCCAAUGGGAAUGCAAAGUAAUAAUUGACAAGAUGCUAUAAGCGUCGGGUGAUUGACACGAGUGAUUGACUGUUUUGCAUUUGAUUUGCACAUGCAGCGUGCGAGUUUUUUGGACCUAUCACAAAGUGGUUAGUGUAUUGAAGCAAAACGAAAGCAAUUACGAAUUUGCAUUCAGCAUUCAAUUGAAAAAUUGCUCUCAAUUUCACACUGAAGGCGCGUUUUGUAAUUCAUAGCACUCCCACAACUUGCAAGUCAGGUGCGCUGGGGUAUGAAGAUGUGUCCUGGAGGACUUCAGUUGAUAGCCAGUGAUGAUCAGUGUGACAUUAUCGACCUGAGUUGCCUUCCGGGAAACGGCGCCUGCAAAACGGGUAAGUUUGAUUGAUUAGAGCGACUUCUAAGAGGCUUCGAUAUGGCUGGUCCAUCUUAAAAAAAUCUAGUUCUCAUUUUCAAGCUGUGUUAAUCUUCUCCAUUCUCAGCAGAUGUUCUUUAUUUUAGGUUAUUACUACUUUCUUUGUUGUUCGACUACCCUAGCAAGCGGUAGUUAAAUAAAAUCAAUAAGAUCAAUAAAAAUACCGAGACAAAGGUCAUUGACAAAUUGUUGUAUGCAGAUUAAAUAAGGCAAGAUAUAUCGCCGAAAAACUGCCGUUUUGACAUCCAAAUUUAUCUUUCACUUGUUUGUAUCGAACUGAGUUAGGCUGUAUCGAAAGGACUUAGUUUCUGGGUUUUUUUAAUCGUCUUGGUCUAUGUUUUGAAUCCAUCACUAUCGAAUCGAAUUUUAUCCAAAAGACCGGACUCCUUCUCUUUUACAACCUAGUCACAUUCCCUUAUCGAGAAUGGACGUGUAACAUAAAGUUUGUGAGUUCUCUCGGAGCAAAUGUCCUAAUUAUUAAACAGAAAAGUUUGUGCAACUUUGUAAUAAAACCAAUGCAUAGACGUCAGCGACAGCUCAGAGAGAAUAAGUUAAUGAGACUGUAUCCCUUUGUAAGCCCUAUUUCAAACGUUAUUACUCUCAAGCUAUUUUUAGAAUUAGGUAUCUGGUCUUCCGAGACCAAUGUACAUUCACUUAGUGUGUUGCUUGACGUCUCAAUGAAGAACGCAUAGAAGCCGUGUGGGAUCAUGGGAUGUGAGCAGAAUUAGCAACAUUAAAUUCACUAUUUUUAGAUCCGCCUGGAUCUCCAAGGGAAGUGUGCCAAAAAAUAGCCUUAGGGGAAGUACCAUAAGAUUAAACACCACAUGAGGAGAGACGGGGGAAGGUUCCUUCUCUACACUCACUCAAUUCCUGUCAAAGCAGAUUUUUUCAGUCCCUAUCUGCUGAUGAUUUGUUUCUCAGAUGACUUGUGUCAGGACGAGGAUGCAAAUACAUAUAUCAAUGGAAGCAGCUGGUCUAUUGGUGACUGCAUCGACUGUUACUGUCACAAUGGCGUUAUCUCGUGUUCUAAAACGCUGUCAGUCAUUACAUCCAAUGACGAAAACACUGAGCGCUGUAGUCAACCGGAUUGUAACGUAGCGGCGUUCUUGAAAGCAAAGAGAGGAAUCUGUAAAGGCAAGUGAUUGUGAAGGGAAAGCCAAAUACCUGUCUAAAAAUGGAGAACAAUGAUUUUCCAAAGAGGUCUCAUCCUGUAAUCACAAGAGCUGCAAUUAUUCUAGCUAAUUUUCUCUGUGAAUUAUCAUGUAUUUUGUACCUAAAAGCUGGUUUACCACCACAAUUCAUAAGAAUUAAAUUUAAGUUACCCAUUCCCAUGUAAAUGACUUUUCUGCAUUACGUUAGUUUGCAUAUGGAGGAACCAAACCCAUCUGGAAGGCUACCGCUGGACAGAGAAUGGAGUUGACUUCUUUUGCAGCUCAGAAAAGCAGAGAGUGAGGCCUGGAUGCUACUUGGAAGCUGGUCACGUGCAAUGUACAGGGGCUUUUACAGGUUUGUUCCAGGGGCCACUAACUAUCGAGACAUCCAUCGUGUCAUAGAGACUCUAAGGGACAUACAUUUUUUUUUUGCCCUGAAAAACAUGCUCCUUCAAGCUACUUUUUUUUAACAUUCCCGCUCAGAUUUGUGGACGUCGAAAAAUAAUUAUUCUGCUUUGCAUUAUACAAAAAUCUUUUCCGAUAUUUUUUAGGCUGUUUGUGUUUCUACACUUUUUUCAGGAGUACGAAACUUAUCACUCAUAUCUGAUGAAAGACUGUACCUCUGUAAGAGUGGAGAUGAAAUAAGAUCACUUAACGACAGAUGUAGUCAGAAAGCAGACUGCAGGGACAAGUCUGACGAGAGAGAUUGCGUUCAGUGUAAGUGUAAAUGGCGAUGAGUAAGACCUGGGAACUAGUCAUCAUUUUUAGUCUGGGGGAAGGGGUUCGGAGGAUAAUGGAGGAUCGUAUGGUCUUCUGGGGGAACGGACGGGAAGAUCAGUUACCACCAAUAGAAUAUUACAAAUAAAAAGGGGAAUUAUAGUCAAAUUGACUACCAAUGUACUGCUGAUGGGAGGGGAUCAUAAGAAUAUUAAAGAGCCUUCUGGGGGAUCUGGUAAGUUUUACCGUGACACUACAAAAUCUUCAUAGCCCUCCCCCCUCCCCCCUACCCGCUACCCCCUUCCCCUACUAUAGGCGAUGAAUAACGGCUAGAGUUUUGAGAGUUUCCGGAGGCUGUCACCGGAAUUUGAACCGUAUUAUCCCGUAACGCGCAAAAAGUUUUCUUCAAAAUGAUGAAGACCACGAAAUACUAGUUUUGCAAGACAGAAAGCAUAAAAAUGAGGAGGAUGAAGCGAAAAGAAACGACGAAGGUUGAGGUUGAAAAGGAUUGACAAUAGGUUGAUAAUGACAAUACAUUGCUAAUAAUGGACUUGAAAAACCUUCGACUGAUGUCGAGCGCGCCUUUAUUUUUAGGGACUAGUCAUCAUUGAUCACCCUGAUGGGGGGGGGGGGGGGGGGAGAUGGUAGUGUCGGAUGAUUUUUGUUGUGUCACGAUAAAGUUGGAAACCCCCUCCCCCAGAAAUCCUUUAACCCUCCUACUUUCCAGGCGAAAAAUAAUGACUGGUGUUUGAUCUUCCUCCUAUAAUGGUGUUGACUAACAUCCUAGUCUGCACUUUGAAGAUGUUGAUUACAGAAGGAAAAAAAAGCACUCAUGCCUUUUCAUGAAUAUUUUUUGCGAAAGCUGUUUUGAAGUGGAAUUUUUAAAUAAUUAUUUCAGAUUUCUGUCCAUUUUACACGAAGUUCAAUAUGUACUGGGAAAGAACUGCCCUGAAUGAGAUUGUUGUAAGGAACUGUUCAGAGAUGGAUCCAGAGUUAGGAGGUAAAAAAAUGUUUUGAUACGCUUCGUCGAAAAAAAAUGUUAUUUUGUGAAAAAAAAUUUAAUUUCCAAGAUCUGAUUGUUAAUUUUCUCUUUAUGCUUCCUCGUGGUACCUUGUGAAUAAGCGACAAGAAUUUGGUGUGAGAUGAAGGCAACAUCUCCUAUCUGUUAAGUUUGAGUGUUCUCAUUACCAGUUUUCAGGGUAGUAUAUAUAUUACAGGGAGAAGUUACAUCUUAGUCACUUCUGGGAUUAAAAAGGUUAAAAGGAAACGAUAUAACUCCUAGAAGUCAAACGAAGUGCCCAGUUGUGGGUGGAAAACAGGUUACUGUUUUAGUGCACUUCACAUGACAUUUUUUUUCUCCGAUCAUGGAGUAUGAUCACUCCGGUGAGAAGAGCACGUCCUGAAUUCGAAAAGUCAGUAACGUUGACUAAAGUUUCAACAAAUUUAUCGUACAAAGUAAGUUAAUUAACUGUGACUAUCAUUCCGUUUAUAGAAAUUUCAGUCAUGCACCACGGCCAGUAACAGUAAAUUUCUGUUCUUUCCUCGCCAGGAGGAUUACUUAAACCGAUCAGUUGUUAUUCCAAGGUUCAGACUGUGUUCAGUGCUUGUGUUAAUUUUUCUAUAAUAUCCUUUCAUUGUGUAAACCCGAUACAAAAUUUAAUCAGAUCUAUGGAGCUUACUUCGUCAGGCAUUCGCGUAAGCUUACAGCAUUUGCUGCUGGUUGUACUUGAUAUUCAGUUAGACUUGGAAUCACCAUCAUUAGAUUGUUAAGAUAGAUUUAAUAUUGUUUGUACCUCAGCAACCUACUUUUCACUUAUUUAUUUCCAUUUGGCCACAGGAAAUUUCACGAACCGUUGUUCUUCACCGUAUGGUGAUAUGACAAAGUGGAGUUUCAAAGAAAGCUGUUUUUGCGAAAAAAUCUCUUCGUCAAGAAUUCAGGCAUAAAGUAUGUAGUAGUUUGAUUCCGAUGUAUUCUAAUCCGCGGUUGUUUGAAACGCGAUACAUGACUCAAUUGGAAUAGCAAAUAAAUAAAUCAAGCUUUUGAUUUAUUUUCAAAUUUUUUCGUUUUUGCAUGUAGUAAGAGGGGACGGUAAGUUUCUAAAGAAACGAUAAGGAAUAUAACAACUAAGAUGAUUUGGUUUUAUUAAUUGAGUUGCUUACAUAAAUCGGCCACCAUCUAGAGUUUGUAGAAUUUGUAAUUCGCUCUGACGAAGGGUUAAAGCGUAAAACAUCAGAUUUAGAACUCUUUACAGUGGCCAAGAAUCAAAUGCCCUAAUUGAAAUAGUUUGUUUGAUUCGCGUUCGCACGAACGAAGAAGUUAAUAUCGUCAUCGUGUUUGUCUUAAAGUUCAUUGGGUAAACAACUGAGUUUACUGGAACUAAUAUAAGGCUUCCCUCUAUUCAUUUUCAGCUGUCCAUAGUGAAUCUAACAAACAUUUUGGAACUAACAAGAGCAUUUGUGAACAAGGCCACUAACUUUACAAACAAAGAACUGUUCUUUAAUUAUCUGAGCCUUUGGUUUAAAAGUGGAGCUCUCCUACUAAAUCCAGUCAACCAUUCCAACGAUAUGGUGGCGCUCAAUUUCUCACAGGUACGAAUUUUAGCCUUUAGGACCAUAUGACAGACUUUACAUUCUUUGUCAGUUUAAAAUUAUAUAUGCGCUUUACUACUCUUUUAACAAAGGACAAAGGAAUUUUUAAAAAAAAAUUAUGGGUACUUUUUUUUUAAUAAAUCAAAUAAAGGUCUUCCUAGAGGCUUGAUUUAUCUACAUAAGUUAUCGAAGAAUUUAAGAAACCCCUUACGGACGGGUCGCGUUUAAUCAACUCGGGGCGGGGGGUCGGAAGAGUUUGGGAGUUUACAUUCUUUUCAGGGGGAACGAGGGGGGGAAUUAGUCGUCGCUAACAGAGUAUAUUAGGGAGGAGGGAGGACCAUAAAAGAUUGACUGCCGGUGAGAGAGGGGUCAUUAGCAAUACUACAGAGCCCGGGAAUCAUAUUGUGACAUAAAAUCCUGUUUCCCCGGCGAUAAAUAAUGACCGUUCCCUUACUGGAUUUCAAAAUGCAGAUCCAGAAGAAGGUCUUUUUAAUGAUUGUCUGGGGGUUCAUUUUCAAACUGACCUUUCAUAGGACUGCAAAUUAUGAGCUUUUCAUAUAUAUAUUUUCUUUCUCUUAAGGCCAUAUUCCAAACAACUCAAACCGAAAACGUUUUCAAGCCUCACUCAGACUCCUUUUGUCCCAAAGAAGUGGUAAGCAUGCAUGAAACAUACUGUAGAAAAAGAAAACGCAAAGCUAAAACAUGCAAGCGAAUAAACAAGUAACAUAAUUAACGACCAGAUUUUUUAUUUGAAAGUAAUAUUCCAUCUAAAGGCCUUAUUCAUAAUUUUUGUAACAAAAUUAACCAACUUUAUCAUAUCUAUAAGUCAGUGCGUGCGCUAUGAUUGGGUGAUUUAACGGGUCGUGUUUCACUGCACAGCCCUUUUAAUUCAAAAGUUUGUUUAAAUUGAAAUCUUGGACCUCUACUUGAACUCAGAAAUAGUAUAGAAAUCUUGGCUAACCUCGUUUUCUCGGUCCGCACUGCAAGUUACGAAACCUCUUUUUCUGCUCGGACUUAUAGAUAGGAGCAGAAAAAAACUCUGUCUGUAACUUAUACUACCGACCUCGAACUCGGUUAGGAUGAUGAGGUAAGUGUGGCACACACCUUUAAAGGUGCUACGCCACAUCACCGUUUUUUUAAAGGGUUUUUUACCGACGUAAACGAGCAACAAAGCCAGAUGGCUUUAACCAAUUCGAAAACGAAAAGGAAAACUGGAAAGAAAACUGAAUUAAUCGCCAAAGACGAAAAUUCACAUGAUGACAAAUGUGAUAAUGAUAAUGAAGAUAAACAAAUCAAUUUCCUUUGUUCCGGAUUAUGAGAAUAAAAGCAGGACAAAUGGGAGUGGGAAUGAAUAAUAAAAUUGGGAUAAGUAAAUGGGAAUUUAGCAAUGGACCUUCCACUGGAUGGCUCUUCCUGUCUACUCUUGUGAAAUGUUGCUUUUUGUGAAGCGAGGAAAACUGGUGGAAAACCCUCGGAGCAAAGACGAGAACCGACCAUGAUUAACUCAACCCACAUGUGAAGCCAGAAUCGAACCCGGGCUAUGAUGGUGGGCGGGAGUGCUCUCAUCACUGCACCAUCCCUGUUUCUUCAAACUGGGUGGGAAAAUUUCUAGCUAUUCAAAAAAAUUGUACCGAAACUUUGCCAUGAACGUGGAUUUCUAUGGAUGGCGAACUUGUUUAAGUCACUAAAUUGUUACCGUCUUGGUUGUUUUCGCAGACGUACUCGCAGCGCUGGUCAUUAAUACAAGAUAUCAAGGAGUUUGUUUGCGGAGCCUCAAAUCUGACGCAUACCUUCCGGUUUUGUUUCACUCUAAGAUCGUUGAAAUAGUAAGUAAAGCAAAGAAAUUCUAGUUUAAACUAGACUGAAAAUGCGUGAAGCAAUGAUCCUAGCAGGUGUACGGCAAUUAAGAGAGCCUGAAUCAGAAUCACCAUUAAAACCAAUCGUAACAAAUCACUCGCGUUUUCCCGCGCUCCAGACAGCUUGAAUUCUCAUUGGCUCCCUGAAAUAUUUUUCCUCUACCCUUUUUGGCUGUUAGUAUCUAGUUUUUAUUUUACGAUACCCAUGGAAAUGCUCUUACGGUUUUGACAACAUUAAUUGUAAAGAAUGGACUCAUUCCUUACUCAUUGCUGUUUUUCAUGGAAUCUGUUCUCGCAUACUUCUGUAUAUCCUAUAGUGAAAUUCCUCCUCCAUUCUCCGGAGAAGGCAACAUAAGCCCAGAUUCUCCUGGUGUAACUAACUUUUGGAUGCGACCGGUUCUUAAUCUGAGGAUUGAUCCAAACCAGCUGUCCUCAGGAAGUGAUACUGUCAGCUCCCUUUCACUUCCUCCGGGAAACAUCACAAGCGAGGCAAGUAAUAAACCAAAGUAAAAAGGCCCCCGUGAAUUCUAAAGUACGAGGGAAACUGAUCAUGUCUGAAAAAAAAUCGUUUUGAGGGAAAUGACCUCAAGGUCACAUUUCAGUUGGGAUCUUUUUGUUUAUUAUCUCAAUCCCAGGGGUAUCGACCAAAAACAAAGUUUUCACUUUAAUAUGCUCCUAUCUUUAAUAAUAAUAAUAUAGGUACCAAUAGGAACCAUGGGAUAUCAUUUGAUCAGUUUUUAUACUCAAUUUUAAAGCUUAUCGAACCCACUCUAAUUUUCUUUAAAAUGACCUUUUUUUUGAGAGCACAUCCAUCUUAUCAAGCGAAAUUUAAGGAGGAAAGCUUUGACUCAAAGAACACCUCCUGUUGUUCUCUCACUAGAUGAAUUUCAGUCGCGUCCUUGUUCCUCUUCAACGUUUCAACUGUGCUUGGAUUGAAUAUGAUGUAAGUCAAAUAACUUGAAUUAUAAACGGUAAAGAGCUAGAUCGUUGGUGCUGAGGGGGGAGGGGUAGUAUACGACUUUCAUUCUUUUAUGCAGCAAAUUAGUGGCCAGUUGUCAAAGUUACAGAAACUUUCCUUGGUUAAAUCAGUUAAAUUUCUUUUUCAGGUAAAUGGAACAUUAAAAAUCACUGCCAGGGAAGUUAGAGAUGAGGAAAAAGAGAGGAAAGUUAUGGUUAAAACUCACCUGGAUCUUGUUCUCAGCAGCAUUUCUACAGUGGUUGUUAUAAUUUGCUUAAUACUGCUUUCCUGCCUAAGGUGCUCAGUCAGUUUGAUACUCAGAAGUGUGACUAAUAUGCCCAUCAAUUCGAAGUUUUCAGCAUCCCCGGGCACCAUACUGACAUUUGAAUGUCAUCUAUGGCCGGGGAAGGGGAAUUUGAACCUUGCUUGGGAUGAGGUGGGGCAUUUGAACGGUAAGUAUCAAGUCUUAUUAACGUAAUACACGUUUUUCAAAGGAGGAGUUUAAAGGUAAAGAGUCUGCUUUCAUGAGCUUUUUUCGAGCGCAAGUUUGGCUCGGGGAGGGGGAUUUGACUGAGACGCUAAUCUUCGAAAGUUCAAACGCCCGGAAGGGAUAUUGAAGCUUCGAAUUGAUCUAUGCAUAAGACAGUAGUCGGACUGCCUGACUGACGACUUACCGGUGGACUGCCUUACUGGCGGACUGACUGUCCAGACUGACGAUUGACGGGCGGAAUGACUCAGCUAUCAGCUAUCUGACUAACUAAUUGACUGACCGGCUGGCUGGCCGUCUGACUGAUUGACCAACUGUUGGACCAACUGUUGGACCAACCGACUGACUGACUGACCAACUGACUGACUGACUGACCAACUGACUGACUGACUGACUGACCAACUGACUGACUGACUGAUUGAUUGACUAACUACCGUAUGACUGACGGACUGGCUAACUGACUAACUUACCGACUAAAGGACUGACUUGUUCGCUUACUACCGUACGUACAAACGUGGACUGACUUCCGACUGAUAGACCAGUAGUUAAUAUAUAUAUAUAUAUAUAUAUAUAUAUAUAUCUGACCAGCCGAACUUUAGUCUGCAACUGAAUUACUAACAAAACAGUAAUUGAAGAUGAAGUACCGACUAUAAAGCUAACAGAGUGACCUCUUUUCUAACACAGGAUAAGAAACUCCGAGAGAAUAUUUGUUCAUAAAAACCUUUUAAUAUCCAUAUGCCUGGUUUACAUGCUGAUGAUCUUCGACUCGUAUAUUUUUACAAACAGGAAGCAGACACCGGUGAGUUUAACUGAUCCUGAUCCUUAUUAGUUCUGAUAACACUUAAAAAAAAUCCCGGUUUAAGAAAUGUACGUAAUGGCACGAGCAGGGUCGGGAAAAGUCGCAUAGCCCAGCGUAUCUCCCCGCGAGAUGUGAGGAUGAAAAUAUGUAAGAAGAAAGGAAGAACGAGAAAGACGGCAGUCUUACGCUUAAAUGUGUAUCGACUGGCAAGGUCGGGUCAGACGGGAAAAUAUUUGGCUCUGCGGGUCAUGCCGUGUGGACUAAGCGCAGCAAAGUCCGUAAGUUGUCAUCAUGAGCCAAAUAUUUCCCGUCCGGCCCUCCCGCUCAGAUAAUAAGAACACACUAUUUCCUUAAUAGCUUGUAGCAAAUCUUGCAGGAGCCCAUACUCCUUGAUUUAUUUGACUUUUUUUCCGCUUGAAAAACCAGAGUAACAUGGCUGUUUGAUUUUAAACACCUAGACAUUUCUUUUUUUUUUUUUUUUUUCAUGAUAUCGUAGAAAUUAUGUUCAGCUAUGGCUGUCCUCCAACAUAUUACACACACCGCUAUUUUCACGUGGAUGUUGGUUGAAGGAAUUCAUCUUUACAUCAAGCUGGUGAAAGUGUUUUCAGUCCACAAGCUCUACAUCACAUACAUUGUCAUCGGGUGGGGUAAGGCUCUGUUUACAGCUUUUAUCAUCUCUCAUAUCUAGUACAUGCACUAUGAUUGGUUAGCCCAACGGACCCUAGCGGUCCAUAAAUCACUGUACCGCCCUCUAAACUCAAAAUUUUAUUUGAAUUUAAAUCUCCCUCCUCUUUUUAAACCCACAUUUUUAGUAACUAUCUUACUAACCUCGUCUUCUCGGUCUGUCCCGUAAGUGAUGGAACCCGUUUUAUUUUUUUCACUCCAAUCUAUAGCCCGUACUUUUAGCGCUUGGGCCAAAAGUCCGAGCGGAAAAAACUCGGUUCGUAACUUACAGUAAAGACCGCGAGAACGAGGCUUCUGAGAGGAAUGUAACUUAGAUGCUAUACCUCAGUCUUACCUUAUAUAAUGUAGUGUGUGGUGUUAUCAUGGCUUUUCUCUUUCUAUGGUGUUUGACGCGACAUUAAGUGCGGUGCGUCCACAUAUAGUAGUUCUGCAACAUUACUGCCGUUAGACUUGACAUUGGGAUCAUAACCGGAAGGAAACUUUUGUUUACAAUCAGAUUAACCGAUAACCGGGGGUACUUUGAUCUGUGAUUUCAUAGUAUACCGACCUCCUUUGACCACAGGUCUACCAGUUGUUACUGUGGGUCUAAUAGCAGCCAUCAGACCUGUGACAUAUGAUAUGAGCAAGACAUACUACAAGGACGUCAUGUGUGGAUCACUGAAACUUUCAGCGGAGAUUAUACGUGACAGGUUGGUAUAACUCUACAACUUCCUCGAUUAGGACCAUUAACUGUUUCUUUUAACUGCCACACUUUUUCUUUUAAAAGGUCCAUGUGUUUGAUUUAUAAUGUUUUGAAUGUCUGUUUCUUUACUUUUUGCGAAUCGUAAAGGUUAGAUUCACAAACUCUUCUAUAUCAAUUUUUCUCUUACUGUUUUUCCUUUUCUUGCAACAAAACGGAAAGUUCCAAGUAAAUAAGUUAAGUGCAUCGAUCUGCUUUCCUUUUUCCUUACUUAGUCAUGUUGGAAUAUUGUAAUCUUUUCAAGGUGCUGGCUUAAUGACGGUGAAUGGCUGUAUAAAGGACCAAUCUUGGCAAUUCUCGUGGUAAGCUCAAAUUUCUUUCCCAAAUCAACUUUGAAGUCAUUACUUGUGUGUCUUUCGAAAAGUCCAGCUUUUUUCUUCGACUAUUGAUUAUUUAUCGCCGGGGUGGGAGGAGGGGGGUGGAGAAUUUUAGGGGAUCUCAUAACUUUCCGGGAUAACGGAGAGGACUAAGUCGUGGCCAACAGAAGAGGAAUCAUGAGAAUAUUAAAGAGCCUCGGGGUCAGGUAAAUUUAUCAUUACACAAACAAAAUCCUCCGGACCCCUCCCCCCUUCCUUACCCCCAUCGGCGAUAAAUAAUGAUGAUUAACACCUUUAUGUCUGUUUCUUUUCAGUUCUCGUUUAACUCUUUUGAUACUUUCCUUUGUUCUGCUGCACCGUUUCGACUAAAGAGGCUGGGUUUUGUUUUUGUGACUUUCAAUCCAAAAGUACUCUAACAUAGAGCUUUUCUGUUCUUCAAACGACCAAUCAGAAUUUUUUUUUAAGGUCAAACAUUUUCAAUUGUUCAUUUCUAGGUCAACCUUGUGAUAUUUGUAAUUCUACUGAGAGUGAUAUUCACCAAGAUAUCGAAAAAAUAUCAGACUGAUAAUGUAGAGAAGACCAGGCAAGUUUCUUCUUUUGUUUUCUCGUUCCUGUUUCCUUUUUUUUUUUUUUUUUUUUUUCCUAACGGUCGAGUGAAAAAGUCAGAUUUGUACUGUAUGUGUGAUUCUUUUAAUUAAUAAGCUCUUUUAACCAGAUGCUAUUAAUCCUCCGUUCCCGUCCCCCCAGUGAUCGAUCCCUUAAAUUUUUCUUUAUUCUUACAGAAAAGGAUUGAGGAGCAUCGCAGCUCUACUGCCUCUGUUGGGUGUCACGUGGCUGCUGGGGUUUUUUAUCCACUGGAGUGAAGUCCUUGCGUAUUUGUUCAUCAUACUCAACUCGUCCCAGGUACUCACGGUGCUAUGUGCUCUACAGUUGCUGCUAUCGAUCAUGUUUGCCUCACUCGUGUUUCUUUUGAUUCUUAUAGGGUUUGGUGUUUUGUAUCUUCCAUGGUGUUUUGGAUGACCAGGUAUUUUCCAACUUAGCUUGUGUAGCUUUGGUGUAAUUUUGAUGCAGAAUAUCGUAUUCCAUGUGGCGAUCCUCUGAAUUGAUGGCUUAUGCGGUAAAACCGCUGCACUCAGAAUUUUAAGUGGAAUCGUUUAUUUUCUAUGCUUGCUUAUUGCAGUGUCUCUUUAUUCGUUACAAUAGGUAAGAGAGAGUUUGCUCAGAUCCAUUACAAGGACAAGAUUAGGAAUGAUGACCCAGAUUGGGAGAUCAUCUAUUGCAUCAACAACUACUCAGUUGUCACCUGCAGGUACUAGGUACUAU